GUUAAAUUGAACAGUUGCAAGCAGAAUGCCUAAAAAUAAAGGAGGUGGGGGGAAAGGGGGAGGAGGAAAGGGGGCGGAGAAGGAAAGUAGCGGCGCAGAAGGUGGAAAAGGGAAGCAAUCAAAAGGAGGAACGGCGGUUAAAGUGCGGCAUAUUCUCUGUGAAAAGCAGUCUAAAGUACUGGAAGCCAUGGAGAAGCUUAAAUCAGGGAUGAAGUUUAACGAGGUGGCUGCACAAUACAGUGAAGAUAAAGCCAGAUCAGGGGGUGACCUAGGCUGGAUGACCAGGGGAAGCAUGGUGGGACCAUUCCAGGAGGCAGCCUUUGCUCUCCAAGUCAGUAAUCUACAGAACCCAGUUUACACUGAUCCUCCCGUGAAGACAAAGUUUGGGUAUCACAUCAUCAUGGUGGAAGGCAAGAAGUAGGUCAUGGUGACCUAAAUUCUAGAGAACCGACAGUAAUGGAAGCCUAUAAAAAGAAGGGCUGUGAACUGGACUGUUUUUUUUACAGUAACGUAAAUGACAGUUGAUGAGGUUUGGAGCCGAAAAUGGAGUGAUAUGUUUGUGAUGUUCACUAUGAUUGGUUAUUUAAGUGAGAAUGUUGUGAGAAAUUUUAGGAAUGUUUUAGAGAACAGUUAAAGACCCACCGUCACCAAAUUACAUCAUUUAUGUAAGAGGCAUUAAAUCUGGAACCUGAAUUGCAAACCUUUUUGUAAAACGAUACUAAACUGUUGCUGGUCUGGAGGGAGGGGGAUGGUGGGGAGAGGG